GUUCCCAUAGCAACCAAUAACUAAAGCAGACCUAUAAUGUUCUAAGUGGCGAUACUUGACGGAGCACCAUGCCAGCCAUUCAGAAGUACUCUAACAUCCAUGAAGCUGUGAAAGCAGGUGAUGUAAAUGAACUUACAAAAAUGGUGAAAUGUGGUGCCAGUGUUAAUGAAAUCAGAGGAAGAGACAAGUUUACUCCAUUGCACACAGCUUGCGAUAUUGGAGCAUUGGAAGUACUUCACUGGUUGAUGUGGAAAAGGGCAGACCCAAAUCUAUGCACACCCCAAGGUUGGACUCCAGCACAUAUUGCAGCUAUAAGAGGAGAAGAUACUUGUCUCCAGGCACUAUCCAAUAACAAUGUGUCACUCAAUGUAAGAGAUAACUAUGACAGAACACCAUUGCACAUUGCUGCAGCUCAUGGAAACUCAUUUUGCUUGUAUACAAUUCUUAGAAAUGCUACAGAAAUUGAUGCUGAUGACAAAAAUGGCUGGACUGCUGUGCACCAUGCAUCCUUCCAUGGCCACCUCGGUUGUGUACAGACACUGUAUAAAUGGCAUGCAAAAACUGAUGUCACAGAUAAACAGGGAAACACACCAGCACACCUAGCUGCUAUGGAAGGAAACUUACUUUGCCUUAAGUUUCUUGUCUCUUGCAAGAGUGACCCUAAUGAUAUAUUAAAGGCUAGCAAUGAUCUUGGAGAAGUCCCAAAAGAUUUGGCCAGUCAAUUCUACAAAGAAAAUGUUGUUAACUAUAUUGAAGCCAUUGAAUGGAAAAAAGAACAUCCAGAAAAAUCUGAAAAUUUAUCUUUCCCUGCUCAUGUGGCUGCUUCUAGAGGCAAUCUUGAACAUUUGCAAAUGUUGGUAGAAAAUGGUAUUGUGAGUAUCAACGAGUGUGAUAGCAAUGGAUCCACAUUAGCUCAUAAAGCUGCAGGCCAAGGUCAAACUCAUAUAUUGCAGUGGUUAAUUGAAAUGGGUGCUACUGUAUCUAUAAGUAACCAUGUUGGUGAUUCACCAAAGGAUUUAGCUGAGCGCUUUGCUCAUCUAGCAUGUAUCAAACUGUUACAGGAUGCUUCCCCAGAAGAGGAUGAAAUUACUCAAAUGGAUUUACGUGUUCUCUCUAGAAACUCUACAGCACAAAAUACAAACAAAAAUGAUCAAGCAUUAGACCGAGCAAAGGAAAAGGUGCAGGACCUUGAAGAAGAGCUCAAUAUAGCUAGAAAGAACUACAGUCAACUUGGUGGCAUGAUUUCAGAGGAACAAAAACAAAGAAAAGACAUACAAGAAAAGAAUCAAACAAUCAAAGAAUUGGAAACUCAGCUUGAGUAUGAGCGACUACGUCGAGAGAAACUGGAGGCUCAAGUUGAUGAGUGUCAACAACAGCUUGCUCUAAUUGGAGCCAACUUCACUUCUGAAGACACAGAUGCAAGUUCUGAUAUCUCAACAAAGCCAUCGAAUCAAGUGCCUACAAAAUAUGCUAAAUCACCAAAGGUCAACCAUAAAUAUAAAACUGAAGGUAUAUCCAUUAAGCGAAGUGUCAACAAUGGAAAAAAGUCAGCUGUUAAGUGACACACUGAUACACACUGUUUACUUAUCCAAUACUUAAUAUAUUCUUAUAUCACUGUAUUUUAUAUCAAUACCAUGGGUUUUAAAUUGACAAAUACCAGGCCCACUGAAAUAUUAGUGAAUAAUUUUUGGGUUCCCCUCUUUAUUUAUGAAAACACAAAACUUUUUGUUUGAUUUUUGCCAAUUUUAAACCAUCUUAAUUUUGUUUGUCUCCUUUUUAAUCUUUAAAGUGUCUCCACUCUCAUUAGAGGAGACACUGUACUAAAGUAAUGAUUUCUUACAUUGCUAUAAGAUCUCAGGAGGAGGAGGAGGAGUGAUAUUUCUGAUGUUUCUGUAUUUUGCAAAGGCAUUAAGUUAUUUUCAUGAGUGAAACAUCAAUAUUGUUGUAAGUUAUUGAAGUAGAUUUCAAGUGGGGUUAUAGCUCUUGUUAGAAGAUUAAUAUACUUAAUCAACAACAGGUUAGUGAUAUGUACUUAAUAAAAUACUGUUUGCAAAUCAUAAGUAAGCACUAGAUAUCAAGAAUACAGUUUUACUUCAUUUGUUUGUCAAAAUGAGUUUAUCAGAUUUAAUGACAAAUUAUGUAAGAUAGUAAACUAUUUUACAAAAAUUAACAUUACUCCUAAGAUCCUAAUAAAACGGUGAUUGUGCCUCUAUCAAGUAAUAUUUGCAUAAAACAGUCUUUUUUAUUAAGCUAUUAAGUUGUGAUAUGUGUAACUGAAUAACAAAAAUGAAAUUACCCCCAAAACACAUUUUAAACAUUUUUUAAGGAAUUCAUUACCCCCUAAAUAUUAAUGCUAAAGUAAUUCAAAACUACAAAACUAUAUGUUUUUACAUAAAUGAGUCUGAUAAUAAUUUUGGUAGCAAGUGUUAUUGAGGAAAAAAAUAAAUUUUUGUGUAACCUCUGAUUAAAAACCUGUCUUCUCACUUUGAAUGCUUAUUUGACCUACAGGUUUGGAAUAUGAUCUUGUUUUAUAUCAUAGUUAUGUUUAAAAUACCAGUGAUUUCUUGCAUUAAGUACAAUCAAUAUCUCAGUUUAAUAUGAAAAACAAUUUUUUUUUCUUUCAAGAAUAUUAGUGAAAAGUCUGAAUUUUUCUUCUGGAUAUUAAGUGAUUAUUUUGUUAAUGCACAAAGAUAAGGGACUACAGUUAUAGUUAUCCUUUCAGGAAUUUGUAUGAUCAAUACAGCCAGUGCUUAGAUCCAUAAAAUAUAUUGUAAAUGCCUAAGGUGUCAAUCACAAAAUAGAAGUACAUUCUAUUUCUUUCUGCUAUAUAUGCUCCUGUAAAUAUUUGUCUUGAUAUUUUGAAGGAAUGAUAUUUAGUAUUGGUUUCCUAAUGUGAGAUAAAUCUCUUCUUGGACACAAUACUGCCCAUCUCAAAUAGCAUUCAUAGUUGCACUGAUGCUUGUUUUUAAAAACUAGGUAAAUUUAAGCUUACCAUUUUAAAACUCAUGGACCUAUGCUACAGUUAUUGUCAAAUUCACUUUUGUAGUACUCUUAAGAAAG